UAUGACGCAUGUCAACUUGAAUAUGGAAUACUCGCACUGAAAUGAUAACUACAUUCAAGAGAAUUUUAGAAAGCACAAAAACAAUAAACCUUGAACAUUUUUCAAUAGUAGGCUAUACUUGCGCUUUCUUCUCAACCAACAGGACAACGGAGUCCUUGGAAAACCCCUAUCUGUAAUGUGUGACUGUAACUACUAAAUAUCACGAUGAUUAUGGAACGAACAGAGAAUAGGAGACUGCACAUACAAACAGGAGGGGAGGAGCCAGGUUGUCAAGGUGAAUGUAGACCACAGUAAAAAUCUACCCCUUACUACCAAACACGACACCGCGUCCGUGAUUGCUGCAGACAUCGUUAAUGAAAGCCGAUAACAAGGUAGCAGCGGUUCGCGACGAACGGACGCGUAGCAUCACUUACUAAAACUGUACGUUGUGGGGAUGGAGAACAAAUUAUUUGCGCUUAAAACGAAAAGUAAGACUUUGUGAUAACCUUUACUUUACCAAAUGACUUUAUUGAUAAUAUCUUAAUUCAUCGGUUGUUCGUGCUGCCAACUAAACUGAACUGCUAUUUGCAUUUCAAUGGAAGCAAGCGUCGUGUCUGUUCUACGAUCAGGGCGCAAGAAGACGCACGAGCAAAGAUUGACAUUGGGAGUCUACUGGAGUUCUGUGGAACCCAUCAGAACACAUUGUCUUGGAUAACAGGCAAACCAGAGCGGACAUAUAGAAUCACGUCGCAUCCCACAGAACCGCUUGGAACCUCUCCACACCCUGUGUGCUGAGCUGCUGGACCUGGCUCUUUGUCCUGGAGGAGGCAACUGGGGAAAAGACCAGAGUCUGGAUGUGGUGCUGCUCUCCCUGACCCCCGACCCUGGCCUCACUCCACAGAGGACCAGAGGGAAGAACAGGCCCUUAACCUCCGGGCAGAGCCAAGUCAACUAGUUCUUCUUCACCAUGGUGAUGUCCCAGGGCACAUACACCUUCCUGGCCUGCUUCGCCGGGUUCUGGCUGAUGUGGGCCCUCAUCGUAAUGCUGUGCUGCUUCUGUAGCUUCGUCCAGCGGCGUCUGAAGAGGAGGAGGGAGGAGAGGCUGAGGGGGCAGUGUCUGAGGGCACUGGAGAUGGAGUCGCUGGACUGCAUGGGCCCAGGGGGGUUGGCUGGGUACCCACCCUCCAGGGAGCCCCUGCGGUUCUGCCCACCGCUCACCCUCUCCCCACCGCUGCACAUUCCUCGAUCCCUCCCCCAGGGCGACUGGGCCUCCGCACAAGGCUUCAUCAAAGAUCAUCAAAGAUUCACCACCAUAUUUUACAAGACAGACGUGUUUGGGAAGCCCCCCUGCUACGAGGAGGCUGUUUUGAUGGAGGACCCCCCUCCCCCCUACUGUGAGGUGCUGGCUGACGGCCGGGGAGGUACUUACACCAAACCGACCCACCGGACCUCCAGACUGGAGCAGCAGGAGCCUGAGACCUCAAAAACUCCCCCUGUAACAGUGUUCUCCGAGCGGGGCUACUCCUCUCUGAUCCGCCUGCCUACCGCUAGGCGUUGGGACUCACUCGGUCACCUGCUCUCGACAAUGGACAUCAACCACAACACCCUUCCAGCAGAGCCCCUGUCCACACAGGCCCAGGCCACUGCCACCAUGCCCCGAGAGGGCCGGACUCACAUCCACACCGAUCUGGGGUUGAGAAGUAUCCAGGGGCUCAGGGGACUGGAGCAGAGCUGUGGCCUUCCCACCGCCUUCCCUCUGCUGGGUCGCAGCACUGCCGUGUAGGACGGACUCAGUCUCUCGGAGCUGGGGUGCGGCUGGAGCUAAGGACACUGGGUCCGAUGUAGAGAGGUUUGAAGAAGGGCAGUCUUAAGUUGUAUAGAUGGACUGAUGGUGGAGGGCGAACAACGUUCAGAUUCCCAGCAGCCCAGAGGGGUUGCUCUCUCAGAGUGAGAUGAGGACACACUUUGUAAAGAUGAGCUAUGUCCUUUUUUUCCCUCACUCUCCACUGUCUCUUUCUAUUCUCUCUCUUGUUGUUUUCAUCUCUCUAUUCUCUGCGACAUCAUAGCCUGAUGUAUAGUGGCUGUUAAAUGAGUCUGCUGUUGCCAUGGUUCCUGGAACUGUAUGUUGCACGUGAUGCCUCGCCUCCUAGCGACCUCUCCUCCCUCUCCUGCCUCUCCUGACUGGGUUUCUAAAGACAUUUUUGUAGCCUUUCUUUGUUAUACUGCAGGUAGGAGGGGAAUCAGAGAGGAGACAUUCUGGGAAACCUUCAAUGACCUCCAGUGUCUCUGUGUGGUUGGAUAGCGUGUACAGCGGAAGACCGAGACGCAGAGUUUGUCUGGAGUUGCCCCGCCCCGUUCAGAGCACCGCAGUGUACAAUGGAAACUUUGUUUUGUAAUCUUCAGAAGGACUGUCAUGUCUCCAAGGCGUUUUAAAAGCCCCACGGCGGGCCUGGCUGCUCCUCGCACUGGCAACAGUGUGCACACGUGUCUGUGUGAGUGUGUGCAUGCAUGCAGGGCGUGUGAUUUUGCGUGUGUGUUGUACCUUGUAAGUCAUUAGUCCAAUGAAGUACACAGGGAGACGGCAGUGUUUUUCCAAGCACGAAUACGUUCCAUCUAUUGGAAGAAUUGAAACCCUUCUAUAAAUAAUUCAUAAUGCUAAUCAUAUGUUUUUUUUUCUCUGUAUCCUUUCUCUCUCUCUCUCGCUCCUUCUCUGUCUCUCCUCUCUUUCUCUGGAUUGUAAAUGACUUCCUAAUGGUAGCUAUCAUUCCAUGAGGGAAGCAUUUCAUCGAGAGUUUCUCUCUCUAUCCAUCUCACGUACACAACAGGCUAGAUUGUGACUGUGAGUUGCUCUCCCUCACAUUGCCAUGCAGGUCCUCCAGGACAAAGAGCAGACAUCGUCUGACCAAAUCUAAUCUGUCAGUGUCCAAGGCCAUCCUCCUGGACCAACCAAGGAGAUGUUAUCUCUCACUUUCUUUUGAGGUUCCUCUUCGGAUGGCUUUAGUAAACUCGUAAUACAACUUAUUUCCAUGUUGAUCUGUCUAAGUCGGAUGUUAAGGCAUAGCCCAGUUCCGAAGCAGCAUGUUUUAAUAUAAUAUUCGCCAUUAUGGCAUACAUAAUUGGCAUACACCCUUGGUGGGGUUAUGAGAUAUGCAUUAAAAAAGCAUUUUCCUUGUCACUCACAUCCAAUUAUCUCCCUGGCCUAUUUUUGUUGUUCAGCGGUAGUGUUACUAAAUGCUUUUGCGAGGGCGCGGGGGGGGAAUUAAAUCAGAAUGUAUUUUCCUCUGAAUCUAUCCAAUCAUGACCCACCUUACUACUCUGCUCAGCCUACUAAGAGCCGUGUCUCCACCAGGGUCCAACGCUCGUCGCUAUUAACCGUUAUGUAAUCCAAUUCAAUCAGAUUACAAUACACUGAAAUUAAUGCAGUAUUUGAUGGGUGCACCUGCCAGUAUCCUUGCUUGGAUAAAUCAGGAAUCCUGUCAGUGCAAAGCUGAGGUGCCACCCUCAAGGAUCCUGGAGUAAGAGAAGAUUGGAUUAGAUAGAGGUGUUCAGUCCAAGGAAAAACACUACUUAGUAUGGGACACAGCGGGUUAUAUAAGUGUACAGAGAACAUACAGUACCCAAUGCCAGGAGAGAAAGAAGUUGAGAGAUUGAGGAGGAAGAGAGAACAGGGAGAGUGAGUGUUGUGAGUUAGAGGAGAUGGAAUUGGAGAGAUAAAGAGAGUUUGAGAAAACAACUUAAGGCCAUUACCGCUGAUAAUUGUAUUAUUGAGAGUUAUUUCAGUUUGAAGCAAGUGGCAUCUAUUAAGACAAUGUCACAGUUUGUAUUUGGUUUACUUUGACAAGAGCACUUAGAGUUUUUAUACACUAUACAGUAUUAUGGCAGUUGGCAGGUCUGUGGAAAACCUAGGAUGGAAUUUAUUUUAGAUAAUCAUAUUCAAGAUAUUUUUCUAACAAAAGUAUCGUGUACAGUAUAAAUAAAACUGCAUUUAGACAAUCAUUUGGAGACCUUAACAGUUUUUUUUAGAACAAUUAAAAAUGAAAUUAAACAGAUUAUGUUUCCAUGGUCCCAGAAUGUCCUGAUUAAUGCUACUUGUGUAACAGAAACACAACACAGUAUUUAAUGAGGUGUUUCUAUCUAUGUUUGGAUGGAGAAUUAAUGUUUUGACAAGUACACUACUUGUCACAUACUGUCCUCUUGAUUGAUUGACAAUUGCCUCUAAUCUGGCAUGAAUUGACAAUUUCCAGAUAAAACAGUUUGUUUUUGCGGUUUUGUCAAAUUCCAAUCCUCUGCCACGGGAGGAGGAAAAGACAGAGGUGAAGGCUCUUCUUCCUUGGCGGCAUACGUGUUGCCAAGCAACCACCAGGGCAGAAUGCUAGCUCGCUCAGAGUAUGUUUACAGGGGAACAUCAGCUGUGUGACCAGUCUGAGCACAAUGAAGAUGGGCCACAGGGCUAGGAUAUAUGACUACUGUGUACUGUGUGGGUUUGGGACUGUCAGUAGCACCUGAGAACUGACGUUAACAGUUUGCCAUCCCACAUCCCAGGAUUUGAAAAAAGGUUAGAAAUGGAAUGUGCUUUUUAGCUGUCAAUAUUGACAGCCAUUUUGAGGAGAUCUAUAAAACACCCAAAUAAAAUGGACUCCAACCACUCCUCUAAUACUGGAUUGACAAGAAUGUGGGAUAUGUAUAAUUUAAGGACCUAUCCAGCUCCUCAGAGUUGACUUAUCAUGCAACGGACCACAUCUGCCCAUAUGUCCAAAGGCUCCAUUUUUGAUAUGGCUUAAAGAAUGAAUUGGCCAUGCUAUAGUAUGGACUGCGUGGGAUGAACACCUCGCACAUACAUACUGUGAAUGUAGAACCUGGUCUGCCGUGAAUGUACCAACCACAUGUAGCAUGCAGUGUUUUCUAUACAUCUGAUUGCAGCAGCUCUUUUGUGUCACUCCUAUGUCUGCUGCUACUAUGCUACUGUAUGGAUGCCUCAAAAAUGGCGCCCUUUUCCCUAUAUUGUGCUGUCCCUUUCAUCAGGGUCCAUGGGGACUAUAUAAGGAAUAGGGUUGGAACUCAGGCUGUGUUCCACUUGUUCGGAGAAGGGGCCUUUAUAGUCCCAUACCUGAACUGUGCCAAGAUCAAUUUAAUGAAAUGCAGUUUAAUUAAAUUAGGCCAAAACAAACAUGGCUGUG